UGUCUUCGUGUGCUGAAGAAGCAAGUGAUAAGGUCAAUCUUAAUUACUGGCACUUUGAUCCAGUUAGUUAGUUUCCGUUUCAGCUUCAAGGCUCCGGAAGAUCGAAGUCAGAUAUUUACAAUGGCCGCUGCAGUUGCAGGCGAGGAGAGCGGCGAACAACAACGUUUGGACUAUAAGUUGCUCAAGGCAUUGCAGAGAGGGGACAAGAGAACCGUCGAAAGCUUCUUCCCGCAAGAGGCAUCAACGGCCAUUGAUCUUCGUGGUGCAGAUAAUAAUAAUGUUAUCGAUGAUGGGGCAGGACGCGGGAGUUCGCGGGGAGUUACCAAAGGCGGAAACUCAGCCCUCCAUAUCGCGGCUGAUUUUGGGCACAUAGAAUUGGCGGAGUUGAUCUGCUCCAGAGAUAUCUCCCUCCUAGAGGGACGCAAUGCAACGCUCGAGACGCCGCUGCACUGCGCUGCAAGGGCCGGGGCAGAUCAAAUUAUAGAAUUCUUUAUCUCGAAAGCCCACCAAUUGGGGGUGGUGGAGGCGGUGCUGCGUGCCACAGAUCAGGAAGGGAAAACUGCAUUACAUGUGGCGGCCGAAGAAGGUCGUGUGGCGGCUGCAACAAAAUUGAUGUCUGAACUUCCUGGGCUGGCAGCUAUCGUCGACGACAAUGGUGUAUCUCCACUUUAUGCUGCCGUGCUGUCAAAAUCGCUCGAAAUUGUUCAGAUCUUGAUAGGAUCCAGAUCGGAGGCAUCCUAUGCCGGACCGAACGGGCAAACUGCACUGCAUGCAGCCGCCAUCAUCGAAAGCCAGGAGAUAACUGAAAAACUACUGCAGUGGAAGCCAAUACUUACAAAAAAAGUUGAUAGCUCAGGAAGCACUCCCCUUCACUAUUUAGCAGCAACUGGUAACCAUUACAUGAUGCGUCAACUAUUAAAACAGGACACUUCUCCGGCUUACAUGUCAGACUGUAAAGGAUUAUGCCCUAUACAUGUUGCUAGUAGGAUGGGAAGACUCUCUAUAAUUCGUGAGCUUAUUAGCUGUUGUCCUGAUAUGGGCGAGUUAGUGGACGGUAGAGGAAGGAAUUUUCUACAUAUUGCUAUACAGCACAAAAGGGAGCGGAUAGUUAGGUUCGUCUGUAAGCAUCCGUUGUUUCUGAGAGUAAAGAAUGGAACGGAUUGUGAAGGGAAUACGCCACUACAUCUUGCUGUAAAAUCCAAGAACCGAACUAUCGUGUGUCUUCUGUUGGAAAAUGUUAGUGUACGCCUAAGCAUCGUGAACAAGGAUGGUAAAACACCUCUAGAUCUUGCAAUAGCCGGGCUCAACUUUGGCUUGUAUUUAAAGCAGAAUAACUGGAUUUAUUGGUGCUUAAAAGGGGCUGGAGCCAUCAGCGGCUCUCGACGACUGGACCACUUAGCCGGUGAAAACCUCACUCAACCAGGUCUUAAGAAGGAACCGAAGGAGGAACAGGAGACGUACAAGAGCGCACCCCAGAACCUCCUCGUUGCCUCUGUACUUAUCGUUACCGUUACAUUCGCCGCAGCUUUCACCAUGCCUGGGGGUUACAGAGCCGACGACCACCAAAACGGCGGCUCGCCGACUCUAGCAGGGAAAUAUGCUUUCCAUGUCUUCAUAGUCGCAGACACUCUAGCAUUCACUUACUCCGUUCAAGCCACCCUUAAGGUUAUGUACGCCGGCUCGCAUGUGGUCGAUCCAUCUCGUCGGUUUGUCCCCAUUCGAGAUUUCAUAGCCAUGGCCGCUCUACUUAUGGUGGCGGCAUUCGCAAUGUCCGUAUAUGUCCUGCUGGCUCCACUUAGUAAAUCCAUCGCCGUUCUUUGCUGUGCAAUGCCUUUGGCUUUCACGUCAAUAUUUCUUUCUUUGUGGGCACGGCGGCCUUUUCUUCUGGCAAUGGCAUUAACGAGAAGACUGGGAUGGUCUGGCAUGUUCAAACGCUGCGUAGCAAUGCGGCCCCGGGAAAUAUUUCCUGUUGGGAAUUAUAACUGUUUCAUCCUCAGCCGGAAAGCACUGUACCUAGUAUUAUAUGCCAGCAUCUUUCUGCUGCCGCUGGCCGACGUAUGGGGUCAUCACUACUGCAAUUCGCAUAAACAACACUCUUCUGCGUGUUCAUUCUUUUAUGGGUAAGUAAGUGCAUUUUCACUUUAAUUUCCAUCUUGUGAUUUGAAAAAUAUUAUUUUGCUAUCAUCUAAUUUUUUAUUUUUUUCUUUUUACUGUAAAGG